AUGUCCAUUGUAAAGAAUGAACUCACAAUGGAUCACCAGAUCCGAGGGUCAGUAGAUAUCAUCCAACUAUUAUCAAAAGCCCAACAUGAAUAUAACAAAAUGAGAGAAGAUCAAAACCCAGAACCUAUAUUGAUGACAGACAAACCAAACAAAUCAAUUGCAUACUCUUCUUCAAUAAUCCGCCCAACACCUGUUCAUAUGUUAACUUCUACUGAAGACACAGACAGUGAAAUGGGUGUCUCCCUUGAAGAUAGAACUGAAGAAAACCAAACUUCCCACAUCAGCCUUGAGGUUUUAUUCCAUAAUGCUAGCAUCAAGCACAUUGAAAAUCAACAAACUAAUUCACAUACAAUGCGACAAACAAAAGCAAUUCAAAGUUGUGUUCUUGAUGAAGCAGAAACUGUAGCUCUUCUUUCCACUAAUAGUAAGGGAGAUAAUUCUGCUACUUUCAGUCACACUUGCUUGUCGUCUCCCAUUUUGGGAAAAACCAAAUCUCAGAAUCUGUUGACUCCAGCUGACAUAGAAACUAUUCCAUCAUCUAUCAUUUCAGCUAUGGGAAUGUCUGGUUGCAGUGGUGUGGGUUCUGAGACACUUCUAUCACCAAUGGCAUUUGUUUCACAGACCAGAAUGACAUCAAGCUCAAGUAACUCAUCAGACAUGGCAAAAAUUAAAAAUGAAUCAAAUCUAACUCCAUUGACAAAGGAACAAUUGCAAGAAGCAUUACUGUAUAUAAUAAAAAACGAUUCCAGUUUGGUUUCCAGAAUCCAUGAAGCCUACUUCCUUAAAUUAAAUAAUGAGAUCUCAAAUCCAAUAAUGUAA